AUGGGUUUACAGCACAAAGUACUCGGCGUCCUGUGUUUCCUUGCCUGUGCGAUCCUAUGGCAGGCAACCUACGUUUUCGCACAUUGGCGCACGGGGCCAGUGGCGCAAUGCUUGCGCAAGGACUCCGCUGGCUUCGAGCUCAUGGCCCAAGACAUGGGGCGUUUCUUUCAGAGCCGCGGCGUGUUGGCGCAUCCCUGGGUUCUGACGCUGGUGGCAGCAUUGAGGUAUGGCGCAAACAGCGUGGAAAUAGAUGGCGCUGUCCACACCGUAGACCAUGACAUUGACUUGAGGCUGGUCAUACCCAACAACAUGACCUUCCCGGCACUGAUGGAGGAUCUGGAAGACUUCCUGUGGAAUUCUGGCCACUGGGUGAAGGCGUUUCCCUGUGGGCUGCCGAAAGUCGGGCAGCACAACCCUGCGCUGUUGUUCUUCGGGACGCCCACUGCCGCCGGCUGGAUGCAGGCCACGAACCUCAUGCCGCACGUGCUUUCUCUUUGGACAGCCAAGAGUGCGCCGACGAUGGCACCUGCCGUCGGCUUCAUGGCACAGAUUCUGGGGCUGAUCCUGGCACCUAUCUGGGCCUUGGUGGUCGACGUCGACUUCCACGUGGAAUGGGCUGAGCCCAGCUCUUCAGCCCUAGGUUCGGACCCGUCUCGCUCGGUGCUAUGGGCCGGCCACCGCUGGCCCUUCCCACGCUUCGGGGCCGAAGUCUUCAGAGCCCGUUUCACCGACUACGUUAGCAGCUUGCCCCAUGGGGACCAGAACGUGAAGAAGAAGCUUCUCGGCUUUUGCGAUUUCUACCGGCCACGUUCCCCUCCAUCUUGGCGCGAGGACCUCAGUGAGAGCGCCGCUGCCAAUGCCACGGCGCAUCUCUGCGGGUCCGCACUUCGAUCUGAGGGCUAUUUCAGCUUCUGCGAGCUCUGCAGCGAUUCCAGCAAGGUGCCAGAAGAAAGGGCCCACUGGCCUGAAGACGUCCAUGCGCAGAAGAAGCCACAG